AUGGAGGGGGUGGAUGAGACGAGGGCGAAGCUUGACCGGAUGGUAUUCUUCUUCUUCUUCCUCCUCUGCUUCUUGUUCUCCUGUGGUUUCGGUUCCGAGUACUGUUGCCAUGGAGAAGGGAUGGUGGUCGCCUUCCUUGUUCUGGUGGCGUGCAUGGGCCUCUCGGAGGGAACGGUGCAGAGAGUUGGGAACGCUUCAACUACUCGAAGUGUGUUCGAGUACCACAAGGCGGAGCACAACGUGGUGGAGAUAACGCUGGCCGACUACCAGAGCUGCAACGCCGCCAACCCCAUCGGGGUCUACAGUACCGGCAAAGACACCAUCAACAUCUACCGAACCUCCCACCGCUUCUUCAUCUGCGGCCGUGCGAAGGACUGCCAGGUCGGCCAGACGGUCAACAUCAGAGUGCCCGAGGCAGCGACCUCGUCGCCGCCGCCUUCGGUUCCUCCAUCCCAUCCUCCCUACGCCCCUCCUGCCAGCGGAAGCCCGGCAUCGCAGCACGCGGGAUGGUCUUCGGCGCUCGCUGCUGUCGUCUGCGCCACCAUCUUCUUUCUCGUGGGGUAA